UCCUGUUAGCAAAUAUCAGCCUGUUGUUUGUUGACUUUGGGCUAAAUACCAGCUUUUCUCCAAACAACUUGUUUCUGUAUGGUGCAAUAAGACCUGCAGCAGCAGUUAGAAUUUCCAAGAAGCUGGGGAAGAUGCCUCACCAUCGUUGCCUUUCCCAGCAUUUCCUUUUUUGCCCCUGUUGAUCUCCUCUGGAAGAGAGGGGGAACCAGCUGUACCAUCUAACCUGGUGACAGGACCCCUCCCCUCUGAACUGUAUUGAAGCCAGGCUUUGCUGAGGCUCCUUGGAAUGCAAAUAUUUCCAAUAUAUGCUCAGCUCCAGAGCACUGAUUUCCACUUGAACUGGUUUCAAAGGUGUACCGUGAUUUUCCUAUGUCUGCCUUGCUUGCCUGGGGGGAGGUGAAGCUCAAAGAGAACUCAGAAGACAAGUGAAGAACACAUCUGGCUAAACCCAAGGAAAGCAAGCAACCAAACAACAAAGCCCAACAAUGUUUUUUUGAGCAGAGGAUUAGAACUAAAUUUUGAAAUGCUUUUUUUUUUUUUUAAGUGUGGAAUAACUGCUUUUGUUUGCAUGGACACAAUGGCCAAAAUUCUCUGGCAGGACCAUUGAGGCACUUGACCUGCACUUGCAGUUGGAAUUUGACACAUAUCCUUUUUACCCAAGGGCUCAAAGGACCUGGGAACAGGUGGGAAUUGAAUGAUCCCAAAUGCAGGCUUGCAGGGAAGAAAUGGGCAUUGACAAGCAAAGAUGGAAAUAACUUGACAGCUCCAACACUAGAAGUUGCCUUUGGAAAGGACAGGUUAAGACUGGGAUCAUACACCUCACUGGGAGAGCAGCAUGCAGGAAGCUGGUUUUCAGGCCACAAAUGCUUUCACAGAGUGCAAAUUCACCUGCACCAGUGGCAAAUGCUUAUAUCUUGGCUCGCUGGUCUGUAACCAACAAAAUGAUUGUGGGGAUAACAGUGAUGAAGAUAACUGUCUGCUUGUAACAGAGCAUCCACCUUCAAGUCUCUUCAGCUCUGAACUAGAGUUUGUUCAGAUUAUCAUCAUAAUCGUGGUGAUAACUGUUAUGAUAGUAGUGAUCAUCUGUUUGUUGAACCAUUACAAAGUGUCAACACGGUCAUUCAUCAGUCGGCAGAGCCAAAGCAGGAGACAAGAAGAAUCUUUACAAACGGAGGGGUGUUUGUGGCCUUCUGACAGUUCAUCUUCUCGUCGGGGAGCUUCUGAGAUCAUGUAUGCCCCACGGUCCAGGGACAGGUUUACUGCUCCAUCCUUUAUGCAGAGGGAACAUUUCAGUCGCUUCCAGCCAACUUAUCCAUACAUGCAGCAUGAGAUUGACCUCCCUCCUACUAUCUCCCUCUCUGAUGGUGAAGAACCACCACCAUAUCAAGGGCCAUGCACUCUGCAGCUUCGGGACCCAGAACAACAGAUGGAACUCAACAGAGAAUCCGUGAGGGCACCACCCAACAGGACUAUAUUUGACAGCGACUUGAUAGACAUUUCAAUGUACAAUGGGGGCCCUUGCCCACCAAGCAGCAAUUCGGGCAUAAGUGCAACCAAUUACAGCAGUAAUGGAAGGAUGGAAGGACCACCCCCGACUUACAGUGAGGUCAUGGGGCAUUACCCGGGUUCCUCUUUUUUCCAUCACCAGCAAAACAACGCCCCUCCUUCGUCACAGAGGGGGAGCAGACUUCAGUUUCAACAGAACAAUUCAGAGAGCACAAUAGUACCUAUUAAAGGCAAAGACAGGAAACCAGGAAACCUUGUCUAGUUUCCUUUUCCAUGUGCACUUGAAGAGAGAUGGGAGAAUCAAACAGGAGCAUGAUAGAAGUUUCUAUGCCCCUGUGCACAAUGUUGUUUUAAGUUUCAUGUGAUGCAGUUUAGUAAAACCAAACAUGCAAAGCUGUUCUUUGUUUCUGAUUCCUUUCAAGGGAAUUGCAUGAGAAGUAGUUUGAAAUAAUUACAACCUUCCAUUCAGUUUGGCCAUGAGCAGUGUUUUACUUUUUUUUUUUUUUGAGGACGGGUGGGAUAUAUUAUUAUUAUUUUAAAUAAACUAUUUGAAUAUAUUUAAUUCUAAGAGGUAACUUAGCACAGAAAUAUUGCUUGUACAGCCAGUUUUAUUAUUAAGCAAAUGGCUAAAAGAAGAGGACAAGAAAGGGUUACUAGUUAAACGGGGGCAAAAUUGGCUGGUUUGCUUUCCCUUUCCCCUCCCAGAGUGUGAUUAAAAAAAAAAAAAAUCUGACUCAGCAUUUCUGUUUUGUGUGCCAAGGUAUAAAGUAAGGGGGGGGAGACUAGCUGAACCCAAGGAAUUAAUUUGUGUUGUGAUACAAGUGUAUUAAAUUUGCACUAUAUGGGAACUGUUUUACAUGAAGUUCUUCUAUACGUUGUCUUUUUACCUGUGGACUAAUGAUUAGCCCCUAGGAACCCUCUUUAGGAAUUUGCACAGGCCUUUGUUUAUAAUCAUUGAAAGGGGACUUGGAUUUAGUUAUAUUUCUUAUCAUUUUUCAUAAAUAAAAAAAUAGCAGAGGACAUUUUAAUAUGUUACCUUUUGCAAUAAUUUUGCAUUCAGAUGGGGCAUCAGCAAGUUGUCUUAAAAACAUAUGGGUGAAAGAAAGCAAAUGUGAAAUUACAAAAGUCUCCUUUAGGUGAUUUUAGCUAUAAGCCAUGUAGCUAACCAGAAGCAGAUAAAAAUGCCAGAUACAUUUACUUUUUUGUGUGAUUAUUACUAAAUCUUACUGCUUGUCCCCCUCCCUUUUUAAAAAAAAACAAUAUGUCUGUGUUACCUUGAGCUUCUGCAGAUUUUUAUCUUCACUGGAGCCCGUAAUCAGUUUUAUAGCCUGACAUACAAUAAAUGGUUUAAACAUACAAUAUGAGUUUUUGCUGUUAAAUCUCACUUUUGUUGUGCUUUUUAUAUCAUCAUUUGUGAGUUAGAUCCUUAAGAUCUGUAAGCUUUUCCCCUAGUCUCUACCAUUUUUCAGCUGGUUUGACAAUGCUAAGAGGUUGUUUGCAGAGCCUGCACUAUUAGAAUCCUGCUGGGAAUGGUUUAGGAAUCUUGGUUAAUCAGUUUUGCAAUUGGUUAAUCUUAUCUUCAUGUAUUGAUCUGACCUGGUUUAUGUUGAGAGUGCAAGCAGUUGUGGUUAAAUUUUUUUAGAUCAUGCUCUGUCUUACCUUUUUGAAUAGUGCUUUAGGAGUGUACCAUUUUUUAAACUGCAGCCUAAGGAAUCCCAAUGGAUUUGUGUUUCUGUGAUUGAGUACCUGUGUUGCAGGUAAAAUUGGAAGGCAUUUUGAAGGGUUGUGAACUCAAGAGCACACACAAAACCACAAACAUGCACUUCAAAUACAGUUAACAAAUGGACUUUAAAAGAAAGCGAAUAAUCUCUGCAGUCUUAUUUUUUAAAUUACUGAGAGUUACAGCUGCCUGGCAGCGAUUUCCUUUGGAAGUCUCCCUUUCCUAUGGUCUUAAAGGUACCAUUUUGCUAACUGAAACAGCUGACAAGUGCACCAACUUUACUAAAAUAAUGACCUCUACUGUAGCCCUUGUUCAGCUUGCUGAAGUUUCAAUUUCUGUUGGACUUCCACAAACUAAAGUAACUUAGAUUGAAACCUGAUUGCCGAACUGAGUCUCUGAUCUAUGCAGAGUUUUAAUGCCAAAAUAGCAUGUGUGGUGAAUCUGUGCUUUAGAUGUUCUCUGUAAAGAUGCUUUCAUUAACCUAAGGUGGCUUAUGAAUGCGAUGACUAGCUUGAGGAACAGUUUAAAUAAUAAUUGGCCAGAGCCCACUUAUUAAUUGGCGUAAAGUAACCAAGAUUUAAAAGUUGCUCUUCUGAUGUAUGCAGACUGUGCUGACUCGUAUAUCUCUGUCUAUCCCAUGGUAACUGUAAAUAUCUCAUGAUAACUUAAGUUUUGUGAAACAGCCAUCAGAAGUUGGCUGUUUGGAGUUCUUGUAUCUUGUGAAUACUGUUCCUUUCAAGGGAGAUAAGCUUAUAGGGUAAUUUAGUAGUAUCUUUUUAAUAAUAUCCACAGGACCCAUGUUCGGUGAGACUAAAUGAUCAGUUGUUAUUCAACUCCUGCCUAAUGUGAUUUCCAAGUGAGAUCUCUCUGAACUAAAUACUCCAGAAUGAAAUGUUUAGAGAUGGGACAUGCCCUUAAAUUGUAAUUUGGACUUAGCUGGGUGAAUAAAAAGUUUACACUAUGUGAAAUGACUUUGCAUCUGUAGAGAGUUCCCCUGAUGUAUGACCUGAUACUUUAUUCAGACUUAGCCCUUGAAUUUCAGCAGUCAUUAAUUGCAACUCAGCUGACAAAUUGGGUACUAUUGGAUUGGUAGAUGGGCAGCAGGUAUUGGCAUUAGAUCACUUGGAAUCCAAAUUUGCCCACUGCUAUACCAAUAUUGUAUUUCAUAAAAGGUAAUGCUAUUGGAUUCGGACUAGUGUUAAAUUUACACAUUCAUCUCCAGAGAGUUACGAUUACUUCUAGAUAGCCGCUAUAAGUUUCUGGGGUUUCUAUAUUUUCCCUGUUUUUAUUCAAAUAUUUUAUUUCGGAAAGCUCUACAUUAUUCAUGCAUUUGUGAGGGCUUAAAGAUGUAUGCCUAUUCAUGAACAAAUGCUUACCCUUGAGAUGGCCCAUCCUUAUGUGUGUAAGAAGUAUCAAGGCCGAAACAUCUUUCUCCCUUCCAGUUACAUUUACAUAAUCUCUAACUUAAAUAUGUGAAGACACCGUAAAUAAUGUCAUAUUGGAACCUUGCUGGGAAGAUCUGUAGGUUGGCUGGCUGGCGUUUUCUUUGGCCUUGCUGUGUCUGAGUAUUGAGAGGUUUAUCUUUUGCUGCUGUCCUUUUUCUCACUUCCAAGGGCAUUUCAGAAAUAUUGCAGUUUUGUUCUGGCUUCCUUAAAAGAACCAAGUUUGCUCCCCUGCUAGGAUGAGAAUUACUGGUGAGUUCAGAAGUGUGUUCAUUCUGAAGUGCUGCUUUGUGCUUCAACAGGUAUUUAAUGUGAUAUUCUUGACUGAGGUGGGAAUGUUAAAGGGUGGAUUGCUAUUUUAAAAUGCGAGAUAAUUUCCUAUGUCAAACAAUUCCUGGUUUGGUGUGGGAUGACUCAUUUUUAAAUUUCCUAUCAUGUCUACCUUGAAAAUACCACGAGCUUUAAAUCUGAAAGUCAGUGUCAUGCUUUCUAGAUCAAAUAAAGUACCAUGAAAAUUUGAAUCUCAAUGCAGGAUGAGAAAAGACAUUUUGCUGCUUGAGGUGAAAUCGCAAGUGGUGCUGUCCCCAAGUAUCAUACCCAAGUCUGGGUACAUAGUACCAAAAGCUGGUAAAGUUGUUUUUGGAAACUAAGGCAGAAAGUGCCUCUCCCUAGCAUUAAAAAUACACGGACCAUAAUAAAUUAAAUAACAAUUUACUGCCCUUUCAGUACAUCCAAACUCAUCCACUUGAAAUGGCUGCUUCCAUCUAGCGGUAGGGCUGUCCCUAUCCAAUUACUAGCAGUAUAAAACACACAAAGUGUGUUUGUUUAGAUAACAAAAUGAUGGUGAUAACUCUCUUGUUUAGUGUCAUUCAAAAGGAGCACCUCUUUGUAAACAUAGACACAGUGUUCAAACCAACCUAUUACAAGAGAGAUGUGCAAGCAAUGCUGCUCACUUUUUUGUGGACUAGUAAUUUUUCCCCAUUUGUAUAUACAAGAGAGAUUUAAAGCCAAUCCUUUGAACCGUCCUUUGAGGAUUAUCCCUUAUCAUCUUUCUAUUACAGUGGGUGGCAGUCCCCAGAACAUCAGAUGUUAUGCAGGAGCAUAGAGCAGAAAAUACUUAUCCCCUUUUUUUAUCUGUCAAGCUUCUUUCAACUAGGGUUGGAGAUCUUGUGUAAUCAAGGAACACUCGAUUUUUAAAAUUAUUUUUAGUUCAGUACGAAAUAAGCUAUUUUGGGCAUUGGAUGGUUGGUAUGAAAAUCAAUAGUAUCUAAAUCUAGUUCUUUCAGAGUUACAGUGUUAUCUUUCCAUUUUUAGUGCAGAGAGGAGAAAUGCAAUGGUAUUAAUAUACUUUGUUCAACACUUAAAAAAAAUUACAUAUAAGAGAUCACUAUUUAAAAUGUUCUGAGUGGCUCUAGGAAUGAAAUGAUAAAGGAUUAUGCAACAAUUCUGUUUGAGAAUUCUAGAAGAAUUCUAGCUCCAUAUUCCAAGUUCUAUACUUGUAAAAAUGGUGCAGUAAGGGUUAAAGGGGGCUUAUAAUGGUAAAAUAAUUUAGCUUAAAUUUGAAAUAAAUCGCACAAUUAACAGUCCUAAUAAUUUUUUAAAAUGAAGUGUUACAAUAUUGUACAAAUAGGAGUUACUUAUUCCGUCACCCAACAUGUAUAUUUUUAGGGGUUAGUUCACUGGUUGGAUGUGAAAUUAGAUUAUGUCCGUCAUGUCUUCCAACUCCUUGACACAAAACGCUGAUUAGAUAUGCUUGGGCAAAUACGGGCAUUCCAUAUAUACCAUAACAUGAUUACACCAUCUUGUGUUCUUUAGGAGCUCUCUGGAUCAGUCAGUUUAAUAUUGCUGGUUACAGACCAAAAUUAAAACACAGUUUAAUAAAAUAACAAAAUAUGGACAUAAUGAAAAAUAAAGUUACCCCAGCAAUCCAUAAUAAUCUCCAUAAUGGCAGUUCCCAUGAUGAUAAAAAGUCAUUAAUUGACCAGCUGCUCCCACGCAUCCUUUCUUCAAGGGGAUGGUGUAACUUUCUAAGCAUUUUAAGCUGUUGUAGAUUUUAAAAGGCUAGACCAGCCUUUCCCAACCAGUGUGCCAUUGCCAAUGGCUGAGGCUGAUGGGAGUUGUGGUCCAACAACAUCUGGAGGCACACCGGAUGGGAAAGGCUGGCCUAGACAGUAAUGUAAAUCAUAUUUAAGUCUCACAAUUACCCCCCUCCCCCCAAAAAAACCCCAACCAAGAAAACUGUUCCUUCAUAGUCUUAUGCCCUAGGUUCAUAACAUUAUAUUCAUGUGAGAGGCAGUUAUGAGUUGGUAACAACACCUUUUCUAAGUGUUAAAAUAUCACAGCUCUGUAUUCUUGCUUUUUGUGAUCUUUUAGGGGUAAAUAAAUGAAAUUAGAGUCCUUUAGUUUUCCCCAAAGGAAAGCUUAGCCUUUGCCAUAAUUCCCGCAAACAGAAAUGAGGAGGUGCUUUUACCAUGACUCCGCUACCCCAGUAGCAUUCACAAGCUGUUGAUUCGAAACCUACCUGAACAGUAGGGGAAGAACUAGGCUCAGUGGUAGAGCAUCUGCUUUCUAUUCAGAAGAUCCCAGAGCCAUGGCCAUUCUGGGUACAUAAUAGUGAGCUAAAUGGGCCAAUGGUCUGGCUUGGGAUAAGGCAACUUCCUAUGUUUCAGUAUGCAAACAGUAAAAAUCUACAGUAGGGCCCCGCUUUGCAGCGUUCCACCGAUACAGCAGUUGUCAAUUGCAGAAAGGCCCCGCUCCUACGGCGCUUGUUCCACUUUUACGGUGUUUUUUGGGUGUCGGGCACCAUUUUAGACAACGUUAGUCAAUGCAUUCCACUUUAUGGCGGAUUUCGCUUUACAGCAGCGGUCUGGAAUGGAACCUGCCUUAUGAGCGGGACCCUACUGUAUUGUGAGAAUGAAUGACGAAAACUAAGCUUCUAUCUGCUUUUUAAUUUGCCUUCAUAAUUUCAAGUCCUGCAUAAUUACCUGCAUGACUUGAAAUUUAUUCCAAUUUUGUUAAAGGAAAGGAAGGGGGGUUAGUGUGUAAAUAUAACACAGAGCAGAGGGAUGAGCACUGUAAGGCAUUUAAAGAGGCAUUCCGCUGGCAAGAAGGGAGAUUUGUGUGUCUGGACUGAUGAAUCAUUAGGCUUAAUAUCUGCAAACCACAAAGAACUAUGUCAGACCUCAGGUUCAUUUGUGCUAAUCAAAAUGUCAGACGAUCAGCACAAGUGACACGUUCCAGAACAGUGACUUGUAAUGUGCAACUCCUAUUCUGGUUGGUUUCUCUUGCCUGAGGUUCCAUUUACCACUAUUCUUGUUUUAGCAUGAGAAUACUAAAUCAGCUGUGGCAGGUGGCAUCAUCAGGGUGCAUCUUAAGUCUGUAGUGCACUGAAGGUGUACCACACCCUAACGACUAGAAAUUCUAUUUUCAUGUUUUGAAUCUUUAUAUAGAAACUACCUAUGCACUUUGAUAUGGCCUUGAGAGCUAUAAAAAUGAAUCUGGUUUUCAUAGGAAAUAACAUAUUCUUCAGUUGAUAGCAGUCUCCUAGGCCAUGAAACUGCCUAGAUCCCUCUGCUAUUCUGAAAAUAUUGUUAUCAUAGUAUUUUUUUUGUUUAUGUGUCUAUGUAAUGUGUGUCACACCCGGAAUCAUAAUACUUAAGACACUGAAUUUCUAAGUGUUUCUAACUGUUUUUUCAGUUACAGAUGAAACGGAGCCAUUAAGUUUUUGAUUACCAAUUAAACCCAUAGCUGCAACAUCUCAUAUUCAAACUUCUAAUUAACUUUAGUGGACAACAACUUUCUCUAAUAUAACUUUUUAAUUUGGAGAAAAACAUGUUGUGAAACAAACCCAAAUUUGCUAUAUAGGCAUGGAGGUGUGUGUGUCAUGAGGACCUUGAAAUUUUUACCUUUUUGAAAAAAUCAAAACUCUUUCCUCAGUAAAAUUUGUCACUAGAAUUACGUGCCAUGCACAACAUUCCUUGUGGUGUAUCCAUACUUACGCAAGGUGAUGUAAUGAAGCCAAUUGAUUUUCUUUGUAUCUCUUCAACAUGGUAUAUGUGCUUUUGUAGCCUCAUUGAAUACCUGGUCUAUUCAAUGUUUAUAGAGUUCUCUUCCAGAGAUGCUGUAUGGAUUUAUUUGACGGUACAAGCCAAUUUAUGAAGCCUUUUUGUCAUUAAAAUUACAGGCUUGAGAUCACCCAGCUGUUAAAAGGUUGAAGUGCUUGUCCCUGAGAAUGCAACAAAAAUGCCUCCCUGGGCUCCUGCUGGGAGGAAAGACAGGUUAUAAAUCUAAAUAAAUAAAUAAAAAUAAUAAAUUUGGUCAGAUGGUAGUUCCAGUUAGAUCUUUCUGUAUGUAUACCUUUCUCAUUUAUUUCCUGCCAUCUUCUUUUUCUUUCUUUUCCGUCAGGCAUAUGUAUGACAACUCUUCUUCUGUCCAAGAUCUUUUCUUUGGGAAGUGUCCUGUCCAAGAAUCCUUUUGGAUUAACUCAAGUAGCAAAACAUCCUGUUGAAUUUACAGAAGCAAAUCACAGUGGCAUCAGACAAGCACCACCUUGACUGGAGGAAUAGUUUAGUCUGUGUUUACUUUUUGCGUUUGAUCUUUAGCUGACUAAACAUAAGUGAGCAAAUAUUUUUGUUAAAAAUCUGCUCUAUGCCUUUACUGCUUGCAUGUCUGCUAAUAUUAUUAAACAUUCUCUUAAAGCCAUUCUUCUCCUUCUAAAAUGUCUGCUUCCCCCUACCUCUCUGUGUACCUUUCUGUAUGUGUGUUCCUUGACUGGGCCAGGAACAUGCAAAUUCCCACCCCCUCUUUGAGUGAAGUCAUGGCUAUCUCCCUGAAGGGCACCUCUUCCUGUUGCACACUAUGAUCCUUGGAGAAGUCUCUGGCUGCCGGGCAAUAAGGUUUUCUACUACUUGUGCCUAGAAUUGGAAUUGAAACAAUAUAUAGCCUUAGCAAGGGGGUAGGUCAUCAGGAAAGGUUCAAUAGAGCUCCGUGGGAAACUUCCCUUCCUAAAUUAAUUCUGAAUAAUAUAAUACUAUUCCUCUUGUUCUAAAUCAUCCUAAAGAGAGACAUGUUUCAUUCAGAUAUAUUUUCUUCAAUGGUAGACUAUGGAUGAGCCAUAGUAUUUAUUAAUACUGCCUGUUACAGGUUUUUGGCACUCUUGAAAAAAAAAACUGCUGAAAAAUAAAGAGGCCACAAUCUGUAUGCUAUAUGAAGACUGAUGCUGGCAAUUUGGAUGGUUCCAAUGGCUUAAAUAUAUUAAGCUGUAAGAAAACAAUGUCCAUUAAAAGUUGCACUCUUAAAUCAUGUACACAAAGUAACUUCAUCUGCUUGCCAAAAUAAGAAUAAUUUGUACACUGAAUCAUACCUUCCACCCCUGACACCUUGUGGACAUGACUUUAAAGGAUAAUCAGCUUGUCCAAAUUCUGACUUACAGAGAAAAAACAUAGCUUAGGGUACUGGCCUAACUAGCCAUUUCACCUUUGAAAGGCCUCUACAUAAUAAUCGUCAAUAAGGACUGACCUGUUGACUCCUUAUUUGAAUACAUUCCUCCUGAGGUCAGUGGUGUGCAUAGUGAAUUAUCUUUCUGAAAAUGACAUUAACUUUUCAGGAGUAUCAUUUACCUGCUUUAGACAUUUCCCAAUAAUGCAGUGAUAAUGAUCGUGUAAAAUAUUAGAACAAAAAAUAUGUUGGUGAAAGCUCUAACACUGUAUUUUAUUUCUACCACUUGUGUUUUGAGAAACAAGUGGAAAAUGCUGAGACUAGCAGAACUGAACAUGUCUUGAACCAAACCCAAAUAUUUUCCCCAGCUUACAUUUUCAGUCAUGAAUUUUGGUAGUUUAGGAUUCAGAUACACUGAUUUGUCUUUUGUCGUUAUCUCCUUUUUAAUGCUAGAAAAUUGUACUUUGGGUUGCAAGGUGUCAUCUUCUGGUCCUUGUUGUGUGCGUGUGUUGACAGCAAUGGCUGUUGUGUACGCUUCCAUCCUCAGCUUGCAUGCUUGGAAAUCUGUUCCAUUGAAAACAAUGAGGAUUUACCUCCAUCAUGGAGACUCCAUGUAGGAUCAGCCUAUUUGUUGCAGUACUGCUGCUACUACUGCUGCUGCUUCAAGUAGAUUUGGCAUGUGAGGUUGAUUGUUUGGGUACAACAUUGUGCUGGGGUUUUAUGGAUGUUGGUUUUUUCCCCCUACCCCACUCUCUCGUUUUUUAAAAAAGAAUCUUUAGUUGGUGUUUGUCCCAUAUGUUAUGGAAGAGAUAUAAUAAUAAUAAUAAUAAUUUUUUAUUUGUUAGUCGCCUAUCUGGCCGAAUUAACGGCCACUCUAGGCGACGUACAUUUCCAAUAAAAUACAAUAUAAAACCAAUAAAAACAUACUCAACCAUUAAAAACACCACUCUUUCAAGUGGUCAGCAACAUAAAAAACCUAACCCUUCCCAGCAGUGCCAUAGGCCUGUCUGAACAGCCAGGUUUUUAAGGCUCGGCGAAAGCCUAUCAAGGAGGGUGCAUGGCGGAGAUCGAAAGGAAGGGAGUUCCAGAGGGUGGGAGCCACAAUUGAAAAUGCCCUCUCUCUGGUUCGCACCAGCCUAGCUUUUUCAGCUGGGGGAAUCGAGAGAAGGUCUUGUGUGGCUGAUCUUGAUAUGACUUAUAUGUAUAAAUGUGUGUAUGAUGCAUACCAUUUGGAGGAAGUCUGCAUGAUUAUAGUUCACAAGCAACUCAGGUGCCUCAUGUUCAGGUCUUGAGCAGAUAGGAAACUCACCCCAUCCUUUCCUUGCACACUCUAGACUUGAAACAUCAAAGUCCAUUGAAAUCAGUGGAAUCAUUCCCACUGACUUGAAUGACCCUUUGAAUCAGGUCUAUUGUCCCAGCUUUGUUGUGCCUCACUUAAAAUGGUGCUUUUUUGUCAUCUGUCUCUCCUGAUUUUGAUUUUUAAGGUGCUGUAUAUAACUUGAACAUAUUAUGCACAUAUUCUACCCAAUGGGUAGAAAAACAAAACAAAAUGAAACCCAUUGUUAAUAUUGUAACAUAAUGUAUAGAAGAUAACAAUUUUAACACAAAAAAGGCAUAGAACUUGUGAAUGCCUGCUUAUGUGCUUUGUCCUUCUUUUGUAGGGGAAUUUGCAAAGGGAUGCAUACAAAUGGUAGGAAGUCCAUGUAUUUUUAUUUUCCUAUGAAAUAUCAAAAUACUAUAAGGGAAAUAUGAAAGUUUGAACAAACCACUUUUGAUUAUUAGCCUGUUGAUUAUUGGUUGCUUGAUGCAUUUAGGGGUCUUUUGUGGGUGUUGUUUGCGUGUGCCACUUUAAAGACAAAAAUAAUUAGUUUAAUUUUGUAGCUAGCUGCUGAUUUUUCUCUGUUGUUGCUUUAUUUGUUAUGAAAUUGGACUAGCGUUGGCUUCUUUUCCUUCAGGAGAGGGGGAAAAAAAGGGGGGGAAAGAAACCCCAAAGACGCCAAAAAGGAUAUUUGUAAAAUGUUUCCAAAACAGUUUAUUAAAAUGACAAGCCCAACACGUUUCGGCCACGUUAUAUUUCGGCCUUAGUCAGGGGCGAAGGAAAAAAACAACUUUUUUUGAAGUGAUUUUGGAAACAUUUUACAAAUAUCCUUUUUGGCGUCUUUGGGGUUUCUUCCCCCCCCUUUCCCCCCUCUCCUGACACAUCAGACACCAUCCACUUUUGCUGCACUUCUUUUCCUUCAACCAUUAUUUAUAAUUAUAUCAGCCUAAAGAUGGCCAGGUCCCUAGAAUGCCUAUAGCAUCAACUGUUUUGAUUAAAGUAGGAACUGGAUUCCAAACCACAGUUUUAAAAUGUAAAAGGGACAAACAAUUUUCUUACAAGAGCAGGAAAUUUAGCCCAUUUCUUGUGUCCAGACAGUGAUCGUAAGGGGAAAAAUGUGUGUUCAGUGCACGUCUUUCCUUUGCAGUUUGUAUAUGCUGGUCACUGUAGUACAAACUGGAAUAGCACAUAGCAUUCCCCACCGCCCGCCCUUCAAAACAAAGUAUAGAAAUACUGCAGGUUCUCCAUGAAAUUUAUGCACUUUUUGUUUAGUUCACAUAAGCACUGCUGUCUGGUUGCUGUCUGUCUUCCUAAUGUGGCUGUUCCAUUUGUGUGUGUGAAUUUAAAAGGUUCAGGUUCCCCAUUACGGGUUGAACUUGGGAAUGCUUGAAGUUAUGGUGACUUUUGAAGGAUGCAGACUACAGUUUUCCUGCAAGACUGCCUUUUUUCUGACCAAUAGCUUUAGGCAUUGCAGAUUUCUUUUAUUGAGAGAAUGUCUUGCAUUAUUUUGCUUUGGGGACUUUAUUUUUAAUUUGGAUAAUGAGAUGGGAAUUAGGUCCUUGAUGAGAACAAGGAAAAUAUUGUUCUGUGUGGCAAGGUUACCUUGGCAGUACAAGUUCACCGUCUACCUGCAUUGUAAUUCUGCUUCUAGAGCUGAAGUUAGGCAAAUACCUCAGAAAAAAGCAGGCUUUUAUUUAGCAUUGAAGACAACAGAGUACUGUAACUAUUCUUUUUUAAAAUAAUCUUUAAAAUAUCCUUGUUGAUUUACAAGCAUUCAUUCAAGUUCAGAAUGACCUUUUGACCCAAGAGUUUGAAACACUUUCGUAGGACUGAGUAAUAAAAAUCCACGUUUUCCUCAUCUUGAGAGAUGUGGUGAUGACAGGGUACAUCUUUUAGGCUAAACUCAGAAGCACUGUCCUAGCCGGUCACUAUUUCCCCCCACCCCCUGCAAACCUGAACCACAAAUUAAUGGCUGACUACAAGCUCACCAUGGCUCAUUUAAAUUAAGGGAAAGGGAGUGAAGGUCCCCAUGCCUUUUAGUAGCUUUGUUCUCCUUAGACCCAGGCACAGAGGUUCUGAAAAGGUGUGUUUAAAAUGGCCUUUUGUUUGGCUUCUGUUGCCAGAAAUCAUCAACAGAGUAAUUGCUGGAGGGACCAAUCUAAAUCUGAGGAAAGAUCUGCAUUAUCUUCAUAAUGGAUGGUCAACAAGGCCAAAAAAGUUCAGAAAUGUGUUCUUUGCUCACCUCUUACUAGUUUUUCAUUAUUUCUGUAUUGGCCUACUGUUGUGCUUGUUAAUAAUAUCCUUCUAGGAAAUACUUAUAUCCUGUACCAGGAUACUAAUUGCCACACAACCCUCCUAAUAUUGUGGACUUUGUGGCAUUUUUAUAUCCUUAAAGUUUGUUCUGUUCUUCUUCCACUUCCACAACUAUACUAGGCUGUGUUAGGUAGCCUGCAGAUGAACUUGGGUGUGCGGUUUUAUUAGCAUUGCUUGUUCAUUUGGUUGGGGCAUGGAGUGCUGUGAUGUUCCUGCUUAUAGUGUAAAUAUGGUAAGUGCUGUUUAUAUAGAAGACAUAUGGUAAGUGGAGUGAAAGAGGAGGGGGGAGUACAUGAGCAGUAGAAUGCUGGAUGAUUGGCUGAGCGUUUGAAUGGCUGGGAGUAUAAAUGGAAGAAUGACAGUUGAAUCUGGGUGGAUGUUGGGAGUGUGGAGAAAGAGGUGUUAACUGAGGGUGGAGGUCAGGAGUGUGGAGAAAGAGGGAGUUGGAGUUCUGAUUAAUAAUAAGUCAAGUACAAAACAGGAAUAGAUGAAACCAUACACUUGUGAAACAUUCUAAAACUAAUC